AUGUCCGUCGCAGAAUAUGAUGACAUACUAGGCAUAGUACAUGAACUCCUUCCGCCUGACUCCAAGUUACCUAAUGACUUCUACCAAUCUAGGAAAUUAUUAGAGGGUCUUGGUAUGCAAUAUAUCAAAAUUGAUGUUUGCUAUAACAAUUGCAUGCUAUUCUACAAAGAUAACAAGGACAAAGAUAAAUGUGAUUUUUGUGGUGCUAAUCGGUGUAUCCAAAAACUUAGGAAAAAAGUAAGAAAUAAGGCUCGUGUUGAGGCUGGCAUUGUUGAGGCAUUUCUUGUUGAAGAGGCUGCAAAUACACUAAGUCUAUAUUUUAGACCCCAUGCUCCAUCUGUUAGAAAUAAGGUGCCUCGCUAUGAUGAUUGUGCAUCUUCAUUUCAAGGUACAUGUGACCUUGACAUUUUUAAAUGCCCGGGUCGUUGCAUGAGCCCUAGAGGUGUUCGUGAACUCUCAAACAAGGAGUACAAGGUUGCUUUUCUAUACAUAUUGACAAACAUGCCGGAGAUGGAUGAUUUCUUCACACACUUCGAUAAUGAACAGUGGAAGAGCCGUAUAGCUCCCACAGACCAGCAACGUCGUGAUUUAAGGUUAAAUGGUUGGAAAAAUAGCCGUGGUAUACAAUCUGGUCCAAAUUUUUUUGAUUGGUUCAAAGAGCAAUGCUUGAGAACAGCUAGCAUUCACAAUGCUCUGUUCCAAAUGUCCUAUGGUUACUGCCCUCGAGUUAGGUCCUAUGGGUGUUAUGCUGUCAAUGGCUAUAGAUUCCGUUCAAAGAAAUAUGAGAGUGGAAGAGUAGGGCUAACAACUAUCAAUAGUGGUGUUUGUGUAACUUCUUUUGAUGAAUCAGACAAUGCUCUAGAGUAUUAUGGAAUCAUAGAAGAUAUAAUUAAAAUUGAGUGGGAAGGCAGCAUGAAACUAGAGUUGGUGCUGUUUUAUUGCUCCUGGUUUGAUCCAACACCCAAUGGAUUGAGGCGUAUUGAAGAUCUAGGCUUGGUAGAGAUCAAUCAUACAUUAAGAUUAUCAAAUUUUGACCCAUUUGUGAUGGCUAGUCAGGUUACUCAAGUGUACUAUCUGUCAUACCCGUGUAAGAACAGAGAGUUGUCUUCAUGGUGGGUUGUCUACCAUGUUGCUCCACAUGGAUGUGUGCCUAUGAAUGAAAGCAGUAGUGAAGCUAUGAAUAUGGAAGGGGUAGUGCAGGAUGUCUACCAAGCGGAUGGUUUGGAUGGCACCUUUGUCAUUGAUUUGAGUGAUGCCUUGGACUCCUUAAUUGCAACGGGAUCAGAUGAGGUUACUGACCCAAAAGACUUGGAAGCAAUACAGAAACAAGUUGUUCUAGAUGAGGAAUAUGAUGAAGAAGCUAUUGAAGAAGAGAAAGAGACGGAAGAGGAUGAUGAAGCAAUGGAUGAAGAAGAUGAAGAAACUUAUGAUCCAAAUGAUUUUUGA